AUGGUCGGGUUGGGUCCAAAGCGAAAGCCGUCCCGCAAGGGGUCAAUGGCCGAUGUGCCAAAGAGCUUGCUGGACGAAAUCGCCAACCUCGAGAACCUGUUCACCGUGGACGCCGAGCGGCUCAAGAAGAUCACCGACCAUUUCGUGUCGGAGCUCCAAGCUGGCCUGGAGAAAGAGGGGGGCAACAUCCCCAUGAACCCGACCUGGGUCAUGGGCUUCCCGGACGGCAAUGAGCAGGGCACUUUCCUCGCACUGGACAUGGGCGGGACCAACCUGAGAGUCUGCGAGAUCACCCUCACGGAAGAGAAGGGCGAGUUCGAAAUCAUCCAGAGCAAGUAUCGCAUGCCGGAAGAGCUGAAGACGGGAACGGCCGAGGAGCUGUGGGAUUACAUCGCCGACUGCAUGCAGCAGUUCAUCGACUUUCACCACGAGGACGAGGAUCUGGCGCAUCUGCCCCUCGGGUUCACGUUUUCUUACCCGGCAACGCAAGACUACAUUGACCAUGGUGUGCUCCAGCGAUGGACCAAAGGAUUUGACAUCUCAGGCGUCGAAGGGCAGGAUGUGGUUCCCCAGUUCCAAAAAGCUCUUGAGGCACGGAACCUCCCGAUCAAACUUGUCGCCAUCAUAAAUGACACCACCGGCACGCUGAUCGCAUCAGCCUAUACAGACCAGACUAUAAGAAUUGGGUGCAUCUUUGGAACCGGCUGCAAUGCCGCCUACAUGGAGAACUGCGGCUCAAUACCGAAGAUCAAACACCUCAACCUCCCCGACGACAUGCCCAUGGCGAUCAACUGCGAAUACGGCGCCUUCGACAACGAGCACAAGGUCCUCCCCAUCACGAAAUACGACACCAUCAUCGACGAGACCUCGCCACGACCGGGCCAACAGGCUUUUGAGAAGAUGAUCGCCGGGUUAUACCUGGGCGAGAUCUUCCGGCUCGUGCUCGUCGACCUGCACGAGAACAAGAACCUCCUCUUCGAGGGCCAGGACAUCUCGGCGCUGAAGAAGCCCUACACGCUCGACGCGUCGUUCCUGUCCUUCAUCGAAGAAGACCCCUUUGAGAACCUGCACGAGACGCGCGACAUGUUCGAGGACAAGCUCAAGAUCCAGGCGUCCAAGCCCGAGCUAGAGCUCUGCCGCCGCCUGGCAGAACUGAUCGGCACGCGCGCCGCGCGCCUCUCGGCCUGCGGCGUCGCGGCCAUCUGCAAGAAGAAGAACAUCGAGAGCUGCCACGUCGGCGCCGACGGGUCCGUCUUCAACAAGUACCCGCACUUCAAGCAGCGCGGGGCCGUCGCGCUGCGCGAGAUCCUCGACUGGCCAAAGGGCAAAAAGGACCCCGUGGUCAUGAUGAGCGCCGAGGACGGCAGCGGCGUCGGCGCCGCCCUGAUCGCCGCCCUGACCCUCAAGAGAAUCAAGGAGGGCAACACGGCCGGCGUGCGCGACGUCGGGAACUUCCCCGGCCUGACGUAG